AUGGAAAAAAAACAACUUUAUGGAAGAGUAAAAGAUAUAGUAAAAACAAAAACUAAUAAAAAUAAUUUUCAAAUUAAAGAUAAUAAAGAGAUAGUUGUUCAUAAUAUCGCAAAUAAUUUUACCGGAAAUGCAAUAAAUACUUUUGGAGUAUCAUUAUAUUUAAUAAGUACUGGAGAAUCUCAAAAUGUGGAAAACGCAAAUAAUACCAAAGAAGAAAAAGGAAAUAUAGAUGUCCCAAUAAAUACUUCAAAACCAUUAAUAAGUUUAUCAGAAAGAAUAGAUUUUUUAUUUGAUCAAGUUAUAAAUAAUGAUAAUAAUAUAAAAAGUUUCCACCAAAUUUCAUUGCCAGCUCAUAUGAUUAUGGCACAUACUAACGCUGUAGCAGCAUCAGGUUCUGGAACUCCAGCUACUGGAGGUCAGGGAGAUAAUAGUUUUGAUUAUAUGUUUAAACUCCUUAUUAUUGGUAAUUCAAGUGUUGGAAAAACUUCAUUCCUUUUCCGUUAUUGUGAUGAUAGUUUUACAUCAGCAUUUGUUUCUACUGUUGGAAUUGACUUUAAAGUCAAACAAGUAGUAAAAGGCGACAAAAAAGUAAAACUUCAAAUAUGGGAUACUGCUGGACAAGAAAGAUAUCGUACUAUCACAACUGCCUAUUAUAGAGGAGCAAUGGGAUUUAUAUUAAUGUAUGAUAUCACCAAUGAGGAAUCAUUUAAUAGUGUUCAAGAUUGGUGUACUCAAAUUAAAACUUAUUCAUGGGAGAAUGCUCAAGUUGUUCUUGUUGGUAAUAAAUGUGAUAUGGAAAUGGAAAGAGUUGUCUCAACAGAACGUGGACGUCAGUUAGCUGAUCAAUUAGGAUUAGAAUUUUUUGAGACAUCCGCAAAAACAAGUCAAAAUGUAAAGAAUGUCUUUGACAAGUUGGUAGAAAUUAUUUGUAAUAAAAUGGCUGAAAGUUUGGAUAAAAACCCAAAUCAAAAUUCUGAAAAAGGAAUUAAAGUUGAUCAACCAGCAACACAAAAAGCUUCUGGACAACAAUGUAAUUGUUAA